UUUAUUAAAACCAUGUCUCUUGUUGGGAAGUUUGUCAGUGAAUUAGAAAUAAAUGCACCUGCUCACAAAUAUUAUGGAGUCUUCAAAGAUAAAGUUUCUCAUCUUCCCAAUAUUUCUCCAACAAUCUUCCAAAGUGUUGAAGUUCAUGAAGGAGAUUGGGACACCCAUGGUCAUGGCUCCAUCAAGAUCUGGAAUUACACCAUCGAUGGUAAGACUGAGGUUUUCAAAGAACAAGUGGAAUUUGAUGACGAGAAGCUGGCAGUGACCUUGAUUGGAUUGGAAGGAGAUGUAUUUGAACAUUACAAAGUUUUUAAAGGGAUAUAUCAAGUUGUGCCAAAAGGACCCGAGCAUAGCUUAGCAAUUUUAACCUUGGAAUAUGAGAAACUUGAUGAUGGCUCUCCUUAUCCUUACAAAUAUCUCGAUCUUAUGAAUAAUAUCACCAAGGACAUUGAAUCUCAUCUUAAGUGAAAAGAAGGCUGUAUAUUUCUCUGCUGAGCUUCAUCUUCAUUUGGAUAUGAUUGAUUAUGUUGGAGUCAAAUGUGUUGUGGUUUGUUCUUAGAGUCUUGUUACUCUUGUUUCAUGCUUGAUUGCAAUUGUAUGCUUUAUUUUCUUAUUACUAUGGUUCUCUAAGCUUAUGGGUUUUGUAAAAAUAUAAUAAU